AUGAUUUAUAAUCAAGCUUUAAUUGAAAUUACAAAACAAGGUGCGGUGGCUGUAGAAGAGAUUAAAUUUUCUCCACCAAAGUUACAAACAUUAAUAAGUUCAAUUCAAAAUGGAGGUUCACCAAUUAUAAAUAAAAAUGGUAGUCCAGCUGCAAAUGCUUUAAAAAAUAAACAAAUUUUACAAUUACAAGGUCAACAACAACAGCAACAACAACAACAACAAAAUCAUUCACAACAACAACACAAUAACCAAUCGAGUGUUUAUUCUUUAAAUUCUUUAAAUCCUUAUUAUGUACAACAAGUUCUUUGUCAACUUCAAAAACCACAUAAUUUUAUAAAACAAGUUCAUGUUGUAGUUAAAAACACACCAUUUGGUAUUUCAAUGAAAUCAAACGAUCCACAAUUCAAUUUUCAUAAUUAUGUUAUUAAAGCUACACUUCUCUAUGAUUGUGAUCCACCAAAAAUGGUAGAUUUUAUUCAUAAUGAACCAUUACAAUAUGUUGCAACCGUUAGUGAAGAUGGUACUGAAGUUGUUGUUGAUGUAAAGGUUGGUAUUCUUUCAUCACAACAUCAAGGCUCAAUGUUUCUUGCAGUUUUACAUAUAAGUCAUACAAGUGUACCAUCCCCAUCACCUAAUGAACCAAUUAUGACCAUCUUGAAUAAUAUAGGUGGUAAUUCAAUAGCAAAUUUAAAUUCCCAAUUACCAAAUCCAAUCUAUAAUCUUUGUGUUGUUUCUCAUCCAAUUAGAAUCGUUUCAAAAGUUGAUCAUGUUAAAAAAGAAGGUAUACCAAUAUUAAAGAAAAAGACAUUUCAUGAAAUUCUUACAGAUAAAUUAAAGAAAUUACAAAAGUUUCAAGAUAGUCAAAGUAAAUGGAUUAAAAAUUUAUAUCAACAACAUUUAAUUGAAUUCGAUAUGGAACCUUAUUGUUCAAAAAAAGAUCAAAAUAAUAAUAAUAAUAAUAAUAAUAGUAAUUCCAAUUGUCAAAAUGGUGGUGGUUCAAUUUGUGAUGAUUCUUCAAAUUCUUCUACCCCUUCAUUAAGUUCUUAUUCAAAUGGUAAUAAUAAAUAUAAUAAUAAUAAUAAUGAUUCAAGUGAAUCCGAUGAAUCUGAUGACGAUGAUAACAAUGAUGAUGACGAUAAUGAUUCAAUCGAUUUCAAUAUUUCAAAACAGAAAAAUCAACAACAUUUACAACAACAAUUAUUAAAUCAUCAAUCAAAACAACAAAAAGUAUCUUCGACUAAUAAUAAUACUACCACUACUACUUCCUCUUCUUCUGCUUCUUCUAUACAACAAAAACAACAACCUGUACAACCACAACAACAAAAACAACAAAAUCAAUCGAGUAAUUUUCAAAAUUCAUUUAAUAGAGUUGUCGAAGCAUUUAAAUACGUACCAGAAUCUGAAAGAAAAGAUAUUAUUACGAAAAUGGUUGAACAAUUACGUUCUGAUGAUUUAGAGCAAUUGGUUGCUACAUUUAUGGAUGAACUUGGUGUUGGUGAUGCAAAUAGUGAUGUAUCAUCAACAAAAGGAGGUAACAAUAAUAAUAACAAUAGUAUUGGUUGCUUCUGUGAGAAUUGUCCAUCCAAGAAAGAAUUAGAAAGGUUUCAAGGUUUAUGUAUGAACUUUUUCGUUCCUCAAUCAACUUUAAAUCCAAUGAAUAAUCAACAACUUUUAUAUUCUUCAUUAUUUUCAUCAUCAAAUGAUAACAAUACGCAAAGUCAAAUGAAUAAUUCAAUCUCUGUAAAUAAUCAUCACCAUCAUCAUCACCAUCAACCAAAUAAUUCAAAUCUAACAAAUGAUUUAUUACAAUUACCAAUAGUUUAA